CUGUUACAGCUGCAUAAUGAAAUGCAUUCGCCCUGAACCCAACUCCUUUUAAUCUCGAACUGAGUGACGAUCUCACGGUCGCCGGCAACAUCGAGCAGAGAUCGUCUCUCGCGUUGAGACCCACCAACUGGGGUUGCUUUAUCAUCUUUUCCAUUACGACUAUCAGAUUUUCGUAGCGAAGCGCCACACCGGAUCCGCCCAGAGUUGUCUCCGAUAGUUUCAAAAGUCUCGAGCUUUCCAUUCACAAAAAAAAAAAAAGUCUCGAGCUUUCUUCAAGAAAAGCAGAAGACGUCGACGCCGUUUUGAGUCUCCCAAAACGCAAAACCUAUUCUAUAUAAAUGUUUUAGAAAGCUCAAAUCAAAAAACAUCCUUCAACGAAUGAGAACGCAACAAGUGUCAAAAAACCCCCCAAAGAGAUAAAAAAUUCUACUUUAUUAGUAAAGAUACAAAAGAACAAAGUUUAGAAUUGAAAGUGGUUGGUUCAGAAAUUACUGCAUCAUUUGUAACCAUUGUGAGUGGACCAUGGUACUAAAUAAAAUGGAUGAAAAAAAAAAAUUAAACAAAAAGUGGUAAGAUUCCAAAAACAAAAAUUUCACCAAAAAGGAAAGAAAGAAAGAAAAACUUGGUAGUCACGCUUAUUGCUUUCUUUAAAGGGUAGAGAAUAUCGGUUAAGUUUUUGGCUUUCUUUGGGUUGGUAUCGUUCAAUAAUGUCUCUACUUCUCUCUAAGCUCUCUCCCAUCAUGCACAGGAGGAGCAUGAGCGUUCGUUCGUUUUCAUCCUCCAUGACAGGUCCGUAUAUGUCGCUUAGUCUCAAAGUAAAUCCCUCGCCGGGAGGCGUCAACAUAGGGAAAGUUCUUGUGUUCGACCCAGCCAAAGAAGAGUUACUAGAACUCACAGACAAAGCAAUACCUGAAGAAAUAAUCAUGACCAAAGCAACCGGAGCUUCCAAGGGAUGGGGAUUUUUCAGUGACCCGCAAGAUAGCUGCAUACUCAUCACCGACGUCAUGAACCCAUGGUCUUGCAAAUCAAACCCCAAGAUCUUUACUCUGCCUCCACUUACUCCCCUGCCCUCUUGCCAAACUGAUGUCAUCUGGAGUGUGGCAAUGUCUUCUUGUCCUGAUGAUGACCAAGACUGGGUGGUUGGCAUCAAGUCCUUGGGUGACCAGCUGAGUUUCUGUAGGCCUCGUCGCGACUUGCGUUGGACUAAGAUCACAACCCCUCCUGACUACUUUCCAACCUCAAAUCUCAUGUAUUCCAAGAAAGACCGCAAGUUCUACUUGACCGGUCCUGGAGGCCAUCACUUGUUAUCCUAUGAUCUCCAUUUCAAGAAAUCCGACAAGCCUGAGUUCCAUGAGUUGCAGUUUCGCAACUUUCCAGAGUCGUUCAAGUAUGACUCGGAGCAAUCAGAGCUGUUUCCUUCUUCUUGCAGGACAGAACGCCUUGUGGAGUCAGCUUCCGGAGAUGAACGGUUCCUCGUCAAAUGGUACGCAAAAGGAUGUUUGGAUUCGAGAAAAAUAUCGUAUGAAACGCAGCGGAUCAUGGUGUUUAGAGAGGAGGAGACAACUGAUGGAAGAUUCAUGUGCUACACUGAUGACAUUGGAGAUAUGUGCAUCUUUGUUUCAAAGGGAGAGGCUUUUUGUAUCCCCGCAAGCUCUUUCCCUGGACUCAAACCAAACUCCAUUUAUUUUAUAGGCUUUGGUGUAGGUGUUUACGAUCUAACCACCAGAACCUCCUCUAGUUUUCAGGCUCCCACAGGUGCGCUGAAUUAUCCUUGGGCCCCUUACUGGUUUCCUCCAUCUUCUAGCUAGUGCUGCUACGAUUAAGGGUUGCUUCUGUUUCUAUUCCCUGUCUACUUGCUAAGAUCUAAACCCAUUUGGACGAAAUAUAAAAAUUCAUUAUCAAUGGAUACAGUUCUUCUUUUUAA